AUGAGCACGGAGCAGCGCGAGGGCGUCCAAGUCGAGGUACGCCAGCGCUCCGACUCGCUCCUGGAGCGCGAGGAGGUCGAGCGCCGCAUCGAGGCGGCGCUCGCCGCGUGGGAGGGGUGCACGACCGAGCGCGUCGUGCCGCGCGACGCGUACGCGUCGCUCGCCGACGACGUCGAGCGCGUGUACAUCGCCGAGAGCGACUCGGGCGCACCGCGCGUGCAGCACGCCAAGCUCAUCGUGCACGUGUACCGCCCGUGCCCGGUGGACAAUGUCGACGAGUUUGGCGUGGGCGACGCCGAGAGCCAGGGCAUGGACAAUAGCGUGGCCGCGACGCUCGCCGAGCUGCCGAACCGCGGCCUGGACGGGGUGUGGGAAACCCUCGUGUAUACCGACGACGUCAAGGCACGUCUCUUGCAUUAUAUCUAUACCACGAUGCGCUUCGCUGCACGCGGCAUCGACCAAAACGUCAUUACGUGCAACCGCGUGGUCCUCCUGCACGGGCCGCCGGGCACCGGCAAGACGAGCCUGUGCCGCGCUCUCGCGCAAAAGCUCGCGAUCCGCCUCGGCGCGCAGUACACACACGGCAAGCUCGUCGAAAUCAACUCGCACUCGCUCUUUUCCAAGUGGUUCUCCGAGUCGGGCAAGCUCGUGCACCGCCUCUUUGAGCUCAUUGCCGAGCUUCUCGAGGACGAAUCGGGUUUUGUCGUCGUGCUCAUUGACGAAAUCGAGAGCCUGUCCAAGGCACGCUCAUCAGCCGCUGCGGGCGUCGAGCCGUCUGACUCGAUCCGCGUCGUGAAUGCGCUCCUGACCGAGCUCGACAAGCUCAAGCAGCGCCAGAACGUGCUUGUAAUGACGACGUCGAACCUUUCCGAGUCGAUCGACCCUGCGUUCCUCGACCGCGCAGACAUCCGGCAGUACAUCGGCCUGCCGGGCACCGAGGCGGUAUACAAAAUCCUGCAGUCGUGCCUCGCCGAGCUCGUGCGCGUCGGGCUCGCCAGCCACGAGGAGCUCGCAGCGUACAGCGACGCGGCCGCGGCGGGCGGCGCGUCGGCGGCGCUCCUCGCAUUGGCCGAGUCGUGCCGCGGCGCGUCGGGGCGCUCGCUGCGCCGCAUGCCGGUCCUCGCACACGCACGCCAUCUGCACGCACGCGCACACCCCUCGUGCCACGACUGGGUCGUCGCGAUGCAGGCGGCAUGGACAGAAAUGCAGCGCGAUGCCGCGCGCACGUCUUCGUAA